AUGUACUUUUAUCACCUUUCGUUGGAAGUAAGCAACGCGCUACUCACGGGAAUAUUUAUUGUGGAAAAAUGGGACGCAUUGCUUGACACGAUCGGAGACGACCAGGAGACGCUAUACGUGUGGGUGCUGACAUUCUACACUAACGCCAUCUACUGGAUACUUGGUGGACUGUUUGUGUUGAUGGAUCUGACAGAGUGGCCCAAGUUUAUGCGCAAGUACAAAAACCAGCCUGGCAUGAACGAGCCAUUGGACUGGGAGAAGUUCAAGAAGCUAGUGAAAACGCUGCUCUUCAACCAAACCGUGGUCGGUAUCCCGACGGCUUACAUUGCGUUCAAUCUCAGCCGUAACGGUGUGCCACCGCCGAGGGCACUGCCGUCAGCUUUUACGAUCGUGCGUGAUUUUGCCGUGUGUAUCACACUGUGGGAGAUCACGUUCUACUACAGCCACCGGUUGCUACACUCGCGAUUCUUCUACAAGUAUGUGCACAAGAAGCACCACGAGUGGACCGCCCCGGUGGCCCUGGCCGCCAUGUAUGCGCAUCCGUUCGAGUACGUCAUCAGCGAUCUUCUGCCCGUGUUUGCCGGCCCUGCCGUAAUGAAGUGUCACGUUUCGACCACCGCCAUCUGGUUUGCGUUCGUUAUGGUGGAUACCGUGCUGGACCACUGCGGAUACCAUCUGCCGUUCCUUUCUAGUCCGGAAUCGCACGAUUACCAUCACCUCAAAUUCAACCAGUGCUUUGGUCUCUACGGAUGGAUGGACUGGUUCCACGGUACCGACUCGGAGUUCCGGAAGAAAAAACAAUUCCAAAGGCAUAACCGCAUCAUCGGUUUUCAAUCAGCGCGAGAGCUAGUGCCGGACAAGUGA